ACAAACAACAUCCUGGUGCCGUUUGGCGGUGAUUUCAAGUUCCAGGAUGCUGGCAUGGUUUUCCGCAACUUAGAUAAGCUUAUUCAAAAUGGCAACACCAAGGCAGCCCUUGAGGAAAUGAAUAUAACUUUGUAUUACUCCACACCGACGUGUUAUUUAAAAGCUGUCAUGGACUCCGAACCAACAUUACCAAUCAAGCAAGACGAUUUCUUUCCAUAUUCGACCGAAGUUGGCUACUGGACUGGCUUUUACACUUCCCGACCUACCAUCAAGUUUUUUGAACGACAGGCAAACAAAUACUUACAGAUGGUAAAACAAUUGCAAGUUUUGGCCGAUUUGGACAGAAGUAAUGAACACUUUAUUGAGGAACUGAAAAGUGCUAUGGGAGUGCUUCAGCAUCACGACGCGAUCACAGGCACUGAAAGGGGCCACGUAGCUCACGAUUAUGAACGAAUUUUAGAUCAGGCCAUUGAUGGUAUAGUGGCGGUCGUCAGGCAGGCUUUGAACAAAUACAUGUACGGCAACGCUCUCAGGUUGUCGAAAUUAACUUUCAACAGAUGCAAGUUCAACGAGUCAUCUUGCUUCAGUUCGGAAAAUAGCGAUCAGUUCAUUGUUGCGAUGUACAACCCCCUUGCGUGGAACAUAACAGUUCCGGUGAGAAUUCCUGUUGUAAAUCACAUCUACGAAGUUUUUUCUCCGACUGGUGAAGAAAUACAAUCACAAUUAGUAGAAAUACAGAAGUUACUCCUAAGUUUGCCAUUACGUGAAUCAAAUGCCACACACGAAAUCGUAUUUAUUGCCCGUCUUCAAGCAGUUUCAUACAAAACAUUUUAUAUCCGAAAAGCUGGACAACAGCGCCCGGCGUGGCUAAACCGCCGAACCACCAUCGACUACAAUCAAACGACCACCGAACGUUACGUACAUUCUUAUUACUUAGAAAAUGACAACCGAAGCAUUUAUCAAACCUUCUUGAUGAGUAACAUAAAAAAACGUGAAGCAGUAAAUGACGACAUACAUGACACAGCACUGAAUGACUCGACAUUUGAUAUUUCAAUGGAAGACUCUAUGAGGAUUGAAGAAAUCACAGGUAAUCGAGUGGAUGCAAAGUCUCUCGAUCUCGGUGUAAAUGUCAGUACAGAAACAACCACCGAAGAGGAUUAUGUGGCGACUCUACCUACCGUGAAACCCGAAGAUGUUGUUUUGGAUAAUCAAUACAUGAAGGUUGUGUUCAAUAAAAACGGAGAUGUAACAAAAAUAAUAUUUAAAGAUGGAACAGAAAUGCAGUUUACCAUCCGCAAUUCUUAUUACUCAGCGAAUUACUUCCAGCAUGAGGAAGGACAUCACACGUCCGGAGCUUACAUUUUUGGCUCCAGCGACCUUCAAAGUGUAGACAUGCGCAUGAUAAAUACUAUACAAGGGAACAUUGUAAAAGAAGUCAGAUUCAUAUCAUCUAAAGAUGUGCGCAACAAUCUGAUAUUAUACGAGGGUCUUAAUUACUUGGAAUGUGAAUGGCUAGUAGGUCCGAUAAACGCUGUUGAUCGUAAAGGCAAAGAAUACGUUAUUCAAUAUAUGACAAACGUAAAAAGCCGGGACGAGUUUUUUACAGAUUCCAAUGGUAGACAAAUCAUUAAGAGAAAAAGAGACAAAAGACCAACCUGGGAAUUCGACACUGUAGAACCAAUACCGGCCAAUUUCUAUCCAGUCACUAACAAAAUAUUUAUAAACGACGAGAGACUUAAGAUUGCUGUUCUCACAGACAGGGCUCAGGGUGGCACUUCUGCUGACGAUGGAGAAAUAGAAUUAAUGCUACAUAGGAGAUUGUUUGAAGAUGAUUCUCUAGGCUUACUUGAAGCGCUAAACGAAAUUAAUGAUUUUGAAGGCCUUGUAGUCAGAGGUAAACAUAGAGUUUUAAUAUCUGACGCGGAAAAUAAAGAACAAUAUAUAAAUGAGAAAAAAGAGGUUAUCCAAUUUCAUUUAGAACCUAUUGUUUUAGUCGCAGAAGCGUCGCAAGUCAGUUUAGAAGAUUGGUUUUACUUGCCGAAUAAGACUUUUUCUUGGAUGCACAAUGUUCCCAAUGGAAUUCACCUUUUGACACUUGAAUCUUGGGGAAAUAAGACAUUGUUAUUGAGACUUGAAAACUAUCUAGAAACUUAUGAUUUGGAUAAUACAACUAUAGAAGUUAAUCUGGCAGCAAUUUUCAAAAAUAUACAAGUUAUAUCGGUUAAAGAAACAACGUUAGGAGCCAAUAUGUGGUACGAGGAUUAUAUAAAAAAGGUUUGGAAUACGGAAAAGCAAUUUUCGUGUAGUUUUAACGACGAUUAUGGAAAUUAUGGAGGAAAAUUCGCUGAUAAUAUAGAUGAAAUUCAUGAUUGUGGAAUGAUUGUUCAUUUCAAAGCAAAACAGAUAAGAACUUUCGUUGUUGAUUAUCUUAUUUUAUAA